GAAAUUAUUUAAAACAAUAUUAAAACCAAAAAAAACCCUAGAACCAAAAGACUGUCAAAUACUAAGAACCAAACCUCAAAGUACAAAAUUAAUGAGUAAAAAUAUAUUUUUGCUACGUGGGAACUACAUGUGCGCGAAACGUGAGCAGGAUAGCUAUACGGUUUGACUAAGUUGUGAGAAAGAGCGCGAAGUAUAUGUACGAAGUGGGUUAGCAAAACAAUGAAUGAGUGAACAAGGAAAAAUCGCAAACCGGCGGCGGAUUGGUGAAUGCGGCAGAAGCACACUUUUAUUGCUGAUAAGCCACCGUAUACCCCCACACACAUACAUUCGCACACCCACACCAACACACACACACACACACACACGUCAGUGUAAUCGGAAGUGAACAACAAGGCGACACUCCUCAGGCGCUCAAUCAAUUAGCUGAACGCAAGUAAGGCGAGCAGUCUAACAGUCCAGCAGUCCAGUCCGUAUUGUGGUCUCAGUCUGCUGCUGUACUUUAAACGUAGCGUGCGUGGUCAGCGUUUAACGAUAAUAAAAAUAUAAAAAAACAACAACACAAUGCCAGCUAGUGAAUUGCAAUCGCCAACAAGCGAAAUGGUGCUGCUCACACCAAACUCGGAGAAUCCACCGAGCAUAAUAAAUGCAGGAGGUGGAGCGGGCAGCAAGGAGAAGGAUGCGUUGCGGGAAGGAUCUGCGGAAUCGGAUAAUAGUCGUGUUGUGAUGAAGAAACAGCUUGGCUUACUGGAGGGGGUGGCCAUUAUAUUGGGCAUCAUCUUUGGAUCGGGCAUAUUUGUUUCGCCCAAGGGUGUCAUCCGGGAGGUGGAAGCGGUGGGCACAUCGCUCAUCAUCUGGGUGUUAUGCGGCCUGCUCUCAAUGAUCGGCGCCCUGUGCUAUGCGGAACUGGGUACAGCCAUACCCAAGUCGGGCGGCGAUUAUGCAUAUAUAUUCGAGGCGUACGGCUCACUUCCAGCAUUUUUAUAUUUGUGGGAUGCAAUGAUGAUAUUUGUGCCAACUACAAAUGCGAUUAUGGGUCUGACAUUCGCCUCCUACGUACUGCAGCCUUUUUUUGAAGAUGGCUGUGAGAUACCAAAAAUAGCGCUGCAAUUGUUGGCAGCGGUUACUAUAUGCUUUCUCACAUAUUUGAACUGUUAUUAUAUGAAGAUCACAACGAAAAUGCAAAACAUUAUAAUGUUCACAAAAAUUGCGGCUCUGGUACUGAUCAUUGUUGUCGGCAUGGCUUGGAUGUUUAUGGGCAAUGUGGAGAACUUCAAUCAGCCCUUUGAUGAUACUGAAACUGAUCCCGGUAAACUGUCGGUGGCAUUUUACUCGGGCAUCUUCUCCUAUGCCGGCUGGAACUAUUUAAACUUUAUGACAGAAGAGCUGCGCGAUCCAUAUCGCAAUCUGCCGCGUGCUAUUUACAUUUCACUGCCUCUGGUCACCGCUAUUUAUGUGUUGGCAAAUAUGGCAUAUCUGGCAGUGUUGACUGCACCCGAGAUGAUCGCUUCCAAUGCCAUUGCGGUGACCUUUGGCAACAAGAUAAUGGGUAGCUUUGCAUUGAUUAUACCCAUUAUGGUGGCCAUCUCAGCAUUUGGCGGUCUCUCUGUGCAUAUUAUGACUUCGUCGCGCAUGUGCUUUGUGGGCGCCAGGAAUGGACAUAUGCCAGCUUUGCUGUCCCACAUUAGCGUUAAGAGCUUCACGCCGCUGCCGUCUCUGGCUUUCUUAUGCCUGCUCUCGAUCGUGAUGCUGCUGGUUAGCGAUGUGUAUGUUUUGAUCACAUACAGCAGCAUUGUGGAGUCGUUCUUUAUAAUGCUUUCGGUGUCGGCUGUUUUGUACUUUCGCUACAAGCGCCCCGAUAUGGAGCGUCCAAUUAAAGUUUCUUUGUGGAUACCCACAGUGUUUGUCAUUGUGUGUGCCUUUCUGGUGAUCGUUCCCGUUUAUGUUGCCCCAUUCGAAGUCGCGAUGGGCGUGCUAAUAACACUAAUUGGCAUACCAUUCUAUUAUGUCGGCGUUGUGUGGAAGAACAAACCGAAAUGGGUGCAGCAAGCGAUUGAUUCGAUGACGUUUACGUGCCAAAAACUCUUUUUGUCGGCCAAGGAGCAGAAAGAGGAAUAAACGAUAAGCAUAUGUGGCUUCCAGGAAAACAAUUGAAUUUCGCCUUAUAAGCACAUACAUCAUAUGUAUACAUCACAUACAUACAUCAUGCAGGAUACGCUGACCAUAAGUGCAGACAUCGAAUAUUAAUUUUAUAUUGUGUUUGAACGCAUUUUUGCAUUAUAUCAACUGUUAUGCAUACAUCUA